UAUUUCACAUGUCAAGACAGUUUAUAAAAUAUGGCGGACUCAGCAGGAAAUUGGUGUCUCAUUGAAAGUGAUCCUGGCGUUUUUACAGAACUGAUUAAAGAAUUUGGUGUCAAAGGGGCACAAGUGGAAGAAUUAUGGAGUUUGGAUGAUGAGCAAUUCGAUAAUUUAAAACCUAUUCAUGGUUUAAUAUUUCUAUUCAAAUGGGUACAAGAUGAUGAACUAUCGGGAAAUAUUGUGCAAGAUAAUAGAUUGGACAAGAUAUUCUUUGCAAAACAGGUAAUAAAUAACGCCUGUGCAACACAAGCAAUAUUGAGCGUUUUACUUAAUUGUAAACAUGCAGACAUAUCUUUAGGGCCAAAUUUAGAAGAUUUUAAAAAUUUUUGUCAAAGCUUUGACGCAAAUAUGCGUGGACUUGCUCUUAGUAACUCCGAUGUUAUAAGGGAAGUACAUAAUUCCUUUUCAAGGCAAACUUUAUUUGAAUACGACUCAAGACAGGCAUCUAAAGAUGACAAUGUGUUUCAUUUUGUGAGUUAUGUUCCAAUAGAUGGUCGUUUGUACGAAUUAGAUGGAUUAAAGGAUGGACCGAUAGAUUUAGGUCCUUGUCCAGUAGGAGAACAAUGGGUACAAGCUGCAAAACCUAUAAUUCAAAAGCGAAUAAACAAGUAUAAUGAAGGAGAAAUUCACUUCAAUCUAAUGGCCAUUGUAACAGACAGAAAAACCUUGUAUGAGAGGCAAAAGGCCAAUAUUUGUGAUCCUGCAGAAUUGGAACGCUUGCAAGCACUUAUUGAAGAAGAAAUAAGAAAAUCGAAAAGAUAUCAAAUAGAGAAUAUUAGAAGAAAACACAAUUAUCUACCACUUAUCAUGGAACUUUUGAAGAUUCUUGCUAAGGAAGGCAAACUUGUGCCUUUGUAUCAAAAGGCAAAAGAGAAAGCGCUCGAGAAAGAAUCGAAGAAAAACAAAGUUUAAAUAUAUAUUGAAAAAUUAUGAUUAUUUAAAAAUAGAUAUCAAAACGAAGUUUGAUAUCUAUUAUCCGCAUUAUUGCGAAAUACUAUGUAUAUCGAUUUUUUUCUUUAAUAAACUGCUUUACGUAAUAAUCACAUA